CACGCACACCCCCUCCCCUGCCUCCCUCCCCGCGCGCCGCCCGCCCCGCCGGCCCCGCUCGCCCUCGCGCGCUCGGAAGGGAGUCGCGAGACGUCGGAGCGGCGGCCACGUAGCGCUGCGGCGGCGGCGGCGGCGGCGGCGGCGGCGGCGGCGGCGGCGGCCGAGGCCGGGACUGCGGAGCGGCCCUGAGGACAGACGUUGGGCAGGGGGGAGGGGCCGGCCCGGCCGGCGGUUGUUACUCGAGCGCCGCGGCUACAGGCCCCCCGCCGCAGGGAUGGACCGCCGAGGCGGUGGUCGGGGCGGCGGAGGCGGAGGCGGCCGGCCCGGGAGGAAAAACAUAUACCCUCAACUUCACCAGAUAUAAAGUGGAAAGUGCAGUGGUUCAUGAAGCAGCUGAACCAGCCACAACUUGCAUUAAAGGAAGAUAAGAUGCUCCACGUCAUUUGCAGCUUUCUUCAAAAGAAAAAUCACUAGUGCUCUGCUCUUGCCAUAAUACCAAACCUUUUGACUUAUGCUUUGGUGCUGCAACACUGGAAGAAUUGCACACAGGUUCCAGGAAUACCUUUUUUUUCAUCUGAGUGAUCCUUUGUGGAUGGAAAAGGAUUUGAGUCUUAAUAAUUACCCUGUUUUAAAGCUAUUUCUCUAUAGUCUGAACUGCUUCAUAAAUUAGGCCACUUACCAAUGAGCCACACAGUCAGUUCUUGUCAGGAGCUGGUUGAAAACUGUGCUGUGCAUGUAGCAGGGAUGGCACAAGAAGACAGCCGUCGUGGUCAAGGGCCACCUACCUUUUAUCAUGGUGCCAACCAGGAGCUUGACCUGUCCACCAAAGUGUACAAAAGGGAAUCAGGAAGUCCUUAUUCUGUGUUAGUGGACACCAAGAUGAGCAAACCACAUCUCCAUGAAACAGAGGAGCAGCCGUAUUUCAGGGAGACAAGAGCAGUGUCUGACGUGCAUGCUGUGAAAGAAGACCGGGAGAAUUCUGAUGACACAGAAGAGGAGGAGGAGGAGGAAGUCUCCUACAAAAGGGAGCAGAUCAUAGUGGAGGUAAACCUUAAUAAUCAAACAUUAAAUGUAUCUAAAGGGGAAAAGGGUGUCUCUUCUCAGUCCAAAGAGACUCCUGUUCUUAAGACAAGCAGUGAGGAGGAAGAGGAAGAGAGUGAGGAAGAGGCCACGGAUGACAGUAAUGACUAUGGAGAAAACGAAAGGCAGAAGAAAAAGGAGAAGAUAGUGGAGAAGGUCAGCGUUACACAAAGGAGAACGAGGAGAGCUGCCUCUGUUGCCGCAGCUGCCACUUCCCCUACUCCCAGAGCUACAAGAGGUCGUAGGAAGAGUGUAGAGCCACCUAAGCGUAAGAAGCGGGCCGCAAAGGAGCCCAAAGCGCCAGUCCAGAAAGCUAAGUGUGAAGAGAAAGAGACUCUGACCUGUGAGAAGUGCCCCAGGGUGUUUAAUACUCGCUGGUACCUGGAGAAGCACAUGAACGUUACUCAUAGGCGCAUGCAGAUUUGUGAUAAGUGUGGCAAGAAGUUUGUCCUGGAAAGUGAGCUGUCCCUUCACCAGCAAACAGACUGUGAAAAAAAUAUUCAGUGUGUUUCCUGUAAUAAAUCAUUCAAGAAACUCUGGUCCCUUCACGAACAUAUCAAGAUCGUCCAUGGAUAUGCAGAAAAGAAAUUUUCCUGUGAAAUUUGUGAGAAGAAAUUCUAUACCAUGGCUCACGUACGGAAACACAUGGUUGCACACACGAAAGACAUGCCAUUUACCUGUGAAACCUGUGGAAAGUCAUUCAAACGCAGUAUGUCACUCAAGGUGCACUCCUUGCAGCACUCUGGAGAGAAGCCCUUCAGAUGCGAGAACUGUGACGAAAGGUUUCAGUACAAGUACCAGCUACGCUCCCACAUGAGCAUCCACAUUGGGCACAAACAGUUCAUGUGCCAGUGGUGUGGCAAGGAUUUCAACAUGAAGCAGUACUUCGACGAACACAUGAAAACACACACUGGAGAGAAACCCUUUAUCUGUGAAAUCUGUGGCAAAAGCUUCACCAGCCGCCCCAACAUGAAGAGGCACCGCAGAACUCACACAGGCGAGAAGCCCUAUCCGUGUGACGUGUGCGGCCAGCGGUUCCGCUUCUCCAACAUGCUUAAGGCCCACAAGGAGAAGUGCUUUCGGGUGACCAGCCCCGUGAACGUGCCGCCUGCUGUCCAGAUCCCACUCACAACCUCCCCGGCCACCCCAGUUCCUUCUGUGGGGAGCACCCCCACGACCCCCGCCCCUCCCAUCAGCAUGAACCCCGUCAGCACGCUAACCCCUCGGCCCAUGCCCCACCCCUUCUCGCACCUUCACAUCCACGCACACCCUCACCACCCACACCACCUUCCUAUCCCCCCAGUCCCUCACCUCCCCCCACCUCCAGCUCUCUUUAAGAGUGAGCCUUUAAAUAACAGGGGCCAGGGUGAGGACACCUUUCUGCGGCACCUGGCAGAGAAGAACAGUUCAGCCCAGCAUCACUAACAUCCAUCUCCUUAAACGUGUUCUCCGCGAGUUCCGUGCCCCCGGUGUGAGUUUGCAGAGUGGGGGUUGGUGAGCGUUUCUGUAGCUGUCAGACUCUCCUCAGCCUCCACCCAGAGCUUUGUCAUUGUCUUGGUGAAUCGGCACAUCCGAGGGAGUGGACGAGAAGACCCUGAGCUCACGGAGGGAACUGUCGAACCAGGGAACCACCGAACUAAAGCCCAAUUUGCUUGCAUUUUCUGGUGACUUUUAUAAAUUUCAAAUACUCAGACUUGUGGAAUUUUAUAAUUUCAUAUCAGCUGAUGAGGUAUGCUUGCUUUUAUAUCCUGGACUUCUCCUCAAAGAGGGGACAGGCCUGGUUUCCUUUGUACUAAUCGGGAAGGCUGUGACAUUAAUCCAGAGCAUUAAUUGUAUCACUGUGUAUCGUAACAUUCUUUUCAGCUUUCGGUGCUGGCUUCGGAGUCGAGCUAGCCAUGUUUCACAGUAUAUCAAGCAUUAUAGAGAAAGACAGAAAUUUUCUUCUUUGUGUAGCUCUCCUAAUGCACUCUUUAUUUUACUACAGAAAUUAUUUUAGAGUUUUUGUAUAGACUUCUUUAGUAGUCUGUUUCUAAAAUGAAAUGUAUUUCAAUAAGCAGUGUAAUUUUUUCAGUGUAGCUGGACCUAUGUUGUAAAAUAGAAAAAAUUUUUAUAAUCAUCAAAAUGUGAUUCUUAAAGAUGCAUAUAACUUCUAUAGUUCAAAGUUAUUCUUACAUCCGUACAACUCAAAGGUGCUUCAGAGACUAGAUGUAUCUGAAAGGGUCUCCAGACCAGGUUACUGCGAAAAUGAGGUUUUGCUUUCGGAAUCUGGCAUAAGUCCUUGGUAGUUUUUUAAUCUCUGCUUAACACUCGGGGGCCUGUUAGGCUCACGGACAUGCUGUGUCCUCUAUGUUUCGUUCGGUUCAGUUAGUACGUUGAAUGGAAUGAUUUGCAGAGGGUUGAGCCUUUUCCAGGGAGGUCACCUGAAGCUGGCCUGUUUUGAAAAUCUGAGUAAAGCUGCUCGCCGUCAAGAGGAGGAGGUGGCGGAGGCUGUUUCCUCUCAGUCACGUCUCGCUUCCCCCAGAAAUGUGUUCAGGUUCAGCCUCUGUGGGACGACCAACUGAAGUCUCCUAAUACACUGCUCACUUUAAGGUUGCUUUAUUUUUCUAAUUGUCACAAAAAGAUAAAAUAGUACACUAAAAUCACAAACAUGAUGUUGCCUGAUAGCGGCUGAGAAAUUUGGAUAAGAACACAAAUUGGUUAUGACUUUUAAAAUGUCUCUUCUAUCCAUGGAUGUAGUCACAACUUCGAGCUAUUCUAACACAGUUUAAAUUGUGGUGAGAGGGAGAAAACGACGUUUUGCUGCCCUGUCCUCUGCAAGCGAUGAUGUGAUAGCAGCCUUCUUGGUGAUAAGGAGAGCCGCAAAUGGGGCAGGUUUGAAAGAGUUUGGGUAACUUCUAAAGAGCAUGGUCAGUCAGGAGCUCAUUAUAAGAAAGGCUGAACAGAAGGGCUGACGGAUUGGUUAUAUUUAACUGAUCACAUUUAUCCAGACUCAGUGUAGAUAAAAAUUUUGUAAUUUUUCAUCUCAGCGAACUGAGUUUCAAAGCGAGGUCUUUCUUUCUCCCUCUCUCUCUCUCUCUCUCUCUCCCCCUCAUUUUUUUAAUCUUGAAAUUUCUUCAUUUUUCUUUCCUCAAGGUUUUAAAUCUUUGCCUGAAUCAGAACCCUGACUUUUAUUUAUUUUUUUAUUUUUAAUAUUAAGUGUGCAGAUAGACUUACAGCACUUUUUCUGGCUGAUUAGCUCUGUGGUAGGAAAACUGGAACUCUUUCCAUUGAGGUUAAGUCCCUAUUUUUAAAAUAUCGCAUUCUCUGUUAGCUUUUUGGUUUAAUAUUUCCAGAUUUUUUCCUUCUGAUUACUGCCUUUGUCUUCUAUAAUGAGCAUAGGAGAAUUUGGGAAUGAGGUGGAAAAGUAUCUCAAGACAUACUUUUCCUGCUUCUGGAUUAACUUCUAAGGAAUGUGGUUUUAAAUAUUUGUAUACAUUCUUGGAACACUCAAGUACCCAAACCAAUAAGAAAAGUUAAUUCCUUAUUUAUGACUGUUAUAUCUUUAGUGGCUGCCUCCCCUUAUUCACACAGUCUCCUUGGCGUUCCAUGACAAGUUUGUGGAUAUACCAUGUGUGGUAUAUGUGUGGACAUACCAUUAUUUCAUGUCCAAGCUUGUAAUAUUAAAAUGAUGUUUAAGAUGUAAAUUACAGCUUAGUUAAUUGGUUAUACCUUAUUUUGUUCUAAAUAAAUUUACAAUAUUGGGCAGCA